GCGUUUUGUAGGCCUCAGGUUUGCACCGUCACGUUGCGAAAUAGAAACCGGAGCUCCGGGCGGAGCCAGCGCCGGUGCCAGCGGUCCGCCCCGGCCGGGCCCGGGAGUGGGGGCGGGGAGCCGCGGGGGGUGUUGAGUGGGGGGGCGCCCUCCGGCCCUCCCCCGCCUGCGGACUGGCCUGGAGCAAACCCCCCACCCCUCCUCCGCACACGUCGGUCCGUGCGUCCCGUCUGACCCCCGCCGCCCUCCGGGGCCUGACUGUUGGGCGAGUUCAAGGAAUGGGUCCUUCCGGGAGGAGGAGGAGGAGGAGGGAGAAGAAGGUGCCUUUCCGUGACCCCCUUUAGACAGCGCUGCAAAGGUCAAGAAUAGGCUGUGACCCUCCCGGGAAGCGGGGGGGUGGGGGGGACGAGAUUAGAGGGCGGGGGCACGGGAAGGGUCGCGGCGCCCGCCCGCCCGCCGUGACAGCGUGUUCCGAAGCGAGAGCCAGGCCACCCUCGACCCCCGAGCGAUGCAGUUUUCCAGGGCGCAGGCGACCUCCGUUCGGGGACACCUGUGGUCCCCGUGAAUUUCUGUCCGCCCCGCCCGCCCGGGCUCGCCGCCCUCGGUGCUUUGUGGGAAAUGUAGUCCGAGGGCGCCGCAGGCCCGGGUGGCGGGGGUGGUGGGGGUGGAGGGUCCUAGAAAUUCAAUUAUCCUCGGACACGUAAGAUCAUUUAUGCUUGCGUUUGGGGUGGGUGCUUCGAUGAGAUAUUUGAGGCUGCAGUGUAACCCCUUCCCCUCUCCCCAUGCCCUACACCCUCGGUUGCGGCCCUUCUGUGGAUGCAAAAAAAAAAAAAAAAACAACACUAAAAACAAAAAAAAAACACAACAAACCAACAAGGAAGGGGCGUGAGUUUUAAAUGCGAUGAGGCAUGGGUGAGGAUGUUGCAAGGUCUAGCUCUAUGAAGUUUAUGUUGUUUCUGCCCCUUCUGAUUUUCCAUACGAGAGUAAUUAUAAACCUAAUAAUUUCUGUUUCUUUGGUGCUUGGCAGUUUAAAGCUACUUUUAUAUGCGUGAUCUCACUUUUGCCCCUCCUAACGACAACGUGAGUCGGGUAGGUAGGAAUUAUCCUGGUUUUAAAGAGGAGACGACGCUCUGGAGAGACAGUACAGCUGGUCAAGUGCUUGCCUUGCCCAGGGCCGAACAGGUUCCAUCCCUGGCACUGCAUAGGGGGGUCCUUUGAGCACUGUCAAGAAUGAUCGCAGAGGGCAGAGCCAGGUUACAGUAAACCCUGAGCAUCUCUGCAUGUGUCCCCAAACCAAAAAAACAAAAACAAAAACAAAAACAAACCCAAAAAACCCCCAUAAAAAUAAAAACAAAAAAAAAAAAAGAAAAAAAGAAAAGGUGAGAGACUGGGGCAGAGUUUUCUCACUUCCAACCUGGAGUACCAUCAGACCUUUCUGUGAUCAGUUCCCAGAUUUUUGUUUUGUUUGUUUAUUGGUUAUUGUGGCAAAAUGCACAUAAUGUAAAAUUUAAAAUUUACCAUCAUAGAUUUUUUUUCUUUUUUGGUUUGGGCCACACGGGUGGUGCUCAGGGAUCACUCCUGGCAGGGCCCAAAGGGUGUGUAUGGAGAGGGUUCCCGGGCUGGGGGGUUAGUGCAAGGCAAGUGUGCUGCAUACUGUACUAUCUCUUCAGCCCCCACCACAACCAGUUUUAAGUGAACAGCUCACUAGGACCAAGUAUAUUCAUACUGUUGUAUAAUCACUGCCUUUCAUCUCCAGGAAGCUUUUACCCUGCAGAAUCAAAACCUGGUACCUGUUAAACCCUAACACUCUGUUGCCAUCGCUGUCCAGUCCCUGGCAGCUGCCAAUCUACUUUAUGUCUCUCUGUUUUCGGUACCUCAUAUUCUUUAUACAAUUGCGUAUGUACGAGUGGAUGAACAUACCAUUGGUGGUCCAGAGGAUUUUUGCCAAGACUGGAUAAACCAUGUAUCACAUUGAUUGUAGAGAUCAGCUUGAACGGGUCUUUUUACGACUUGGCCAUGCUGAGACAGAUGAACAGUUACAGAGUAUUAUAUCUAAAUUUCUUCCUCCUGUUUUGCUCAAGCUGUCCAGCACCCAAGAAGGUGUACGCAAAAAGGUUAUGGAGCUGUUGGUCCAUCUGAACAAGCGUAUAAAAAGCCGACCCAAAAUACAGCUCCCAGUAGAGACACUGUUGGUUCAGUACCAGGAUCCUGCUGCAGUUUCCUUUGUCACAAAUUUUACUAUAAUUUAUGUUAAGAUGGGCUAUCCUCGCCUGCCAGUGGAAAAACAGUGUGAACUGGCCCCCACGCUUCUCACUGCCAUGGAAGGGAAGCCUCAGCCCCAGCAGGAUAGCUUAAUGCAUCUUUUAAUACCAACCCUUUUUCACAUGAAAUACCCUGUUGAAUCAUCAAAAUCAGCCUCUCCGUUUAAUCUUGCUGAGAAACCAAAGACUGUGCAGCUGCUUCUGGACUUCAUGCUAGAUGUCCUUCUGAUGCCUUACGGAUAUGUGUUAAAUGAAUCCCAGAGUCGCCAAAAUUCAUCUUCAGCACAGGGUUCUUCAAACAGUGGUGGAGGAGGUACUGGAAUCCCCCAGCCUCCCCCAGGAAUGAGUUUUUAUGCAGCGAAACGAGUUAUUGGUGAUAACCCGUGGACACCCGAACAGUUGGAACAGUGCAAGUUGGGUAUAGUGAAAUUCAUAGAAGCUGAACAGGUGCCGGAACUGGAAGCUGUCCUGCACCUGGUGAUUGCUUCCAGCGACACACGCCACAGUGUAGCAACUGCAGCAGACUUAGAGUUGAAAAGCAAGCAAAGCUUAAUUGACUGGAAUAAUCCUGCCAUCAUUAAUAAGAUGUACAAGGUGUACCUUGGAGAUAUACCACUGAAGACAAAGGAGGGGGCAGUUUUGAAACCAGAGCUGAAAAGGGACCCAGUCAGCACAAGGGUCAAGUUAAAGAUUGUUCCCCAUCUCCUUCGUUCUAGACAAGCUGCAGAAACAUUUCCAGCCAACAUUCAGGUAGUAUAUGAUGGACUUUUUGGUACAAAUACAAAUUCAAAAUUAAGAACAUUAUCCCUGCAAUUUGUACAUCACAUUUGUAUAACCUGUCCAGAAAUCAAGAUUAAGCCAUUAGGUCCAAUGCUUUUAAAUGGCCUCACCAAACUAAUCAACGAAUAUAAAGAAGACCCUAAGCUACUGUCAAUGGCAUAUUCAGCUGUUGGAAAACUCUCCAGUCGAAUGCCACAUUUAUUCACUAAAGAUAUAGCUCUUGUGCAGCAACUAUUUGAAGCCCUGUGUAAGGAAGAGCCCGAGACGCGACUUGCUAUUCAAGAAGCAUUAUCUAUGAUGGUUGGGGCUUAUAGUACAUUGGAAGGAGCACAGCGAACUCUCAUGGAGGCCCUGGUAGCCUCUUACUUGAUAAAGCCUGAAGUUCAAGUUCGACAGGUGGCUGUGAAAUUUGCCAGCACGGUGUUUCCCUCAGAUCAUAUACCUUCCAGAUAUUUGCUCUUACUAGCUGCAGGAGAUCCGCGGGAAGAAGUUCAUGGAGAAGCACAGCGAGUUUUAAGGUGUCUCCCUGGUAGAAAUAGAAAAGAAAGUGCUGCUAAGCAGAUGCCUUCUUUCCCAGAAAUGGUAUAUUACAUACAAGAAAAGGCUUCCCAUCGAAUGAAAACUCCGGCCAAGUAUAUGACUGGGACCACUGUUCUUCCAUUCAAUCCAGCAGCCUUUGGAGAGAUAGUGCUGUAUUUGCGCAUGUGCCUAGCUCACAGUGCGGGAGUGGUGCCCACCUCUCAGAGUCUGGCUGAUAUGCAAGAUCAUGCCCCAGCCAUUGGACGCUAUAUUCGGACUUUAAUGUCCGGUAACCAAGUGACAUCCUCCUCCUCAUCUUCAAAGAGUGGAGAAACCAACCCUGUUCAGAUCUACAUUGGCUUGCUUCAGCAACUGUUAGCAGGUGUUGGAGGCUUGCCAGUCAUGUACUGCCUAUUGGAAGCUGUCUCAGUAUAUCCAGAAAAAUUGGCUGCCAAAUUUGUGGACAAAACAGAAUGGAUUAAGAGCCUGAUGAAUAGCAGUAAAGAAGAGAUGCGUGAACUGGCAGCAUUGUUCUAUUCUGUAGUGGUGUCUACGGUGUCAGGACAUGAGUUGAAGUCAAUGAUAGAGCAUCUUAUAAAGACUACAAAGGAUAAUCACAGCCCAGAGAUACAGCAUGGAUCCUUGCUAGCAUUGGGAUUCACAGUGGGAAGAUACUUGGCUAAGAAGAAGACGAAAGGGGCAGAGCAACCAGACCUGGAGACAGAUGCCGACUUCCUGCCUGAACAGGAGAAGCUCAUUCAGAGCGCCACGGAAACAAUAGGCUCAUUUUUGGACAGUACAUCACCUCUCUUGGCAAUUGCUGCCUGUACAGCUCUGGGUGAAAUUGGCAGAAACGGUCCACUCCCAAUUCCAAAUGAGGGAUCUGGCUUUACCAAAUUGCAUCUUGUGGAAAGCUUGCUAAAUAGAAUACCUUCCAGUAAAGAAACAAAUAAGAUGAAAGAACGGGCCAUCCAAACACUGGGGUACUUUCCAGUUGGAGAUGGAAAUUUUCCUCACCAGAAGCUCCUCUUGCAAGGUCUGAUGGAUUCUGUGGAGGCCAAACAGAUAGAACUUCAGUUCACUAUUGGUGAAGCCAUUACCAGUUCUGCAAUCGGAACUAGUUCUGUGGCUGCCCGGGACGCCUGGCUAGUGACUGAAGAGGAAUAUACUCCUCCUGCAGGCGCAAAAGUGAAUGAUGUGGUUCCCUGGGUGUUGGAUAUAAUUUUAAAUAAACAUAUUAUUAGUCCUAAUCCACAUGUGAGACAAGCGGCUUGCAUCUGGCUCCUCUCCCUUGUGAGAAAGCUAAGUUCUCAUCAGGAAGUAAAGUCUCAUCUUAAAGAAAUUCAGAGUGCAUUUGUUUCAGUUUUGUCAGAAAAUGACGAACUUAGCCAAGAUGUUGCCUCAAAAGGCCUUGGAUUGGUUUAUGAACUAGGCAAUGAGCAAGAUCAACAGGAAUUAGUUUCUACACUUGUAGAGACCCUCAUGACUGGCAAAAGAGCAAAACAUGAAGUUUCUGGAGAGACAGUGGUAUUUCAAGGAGGAGGCCUUGGCAAAACCCCCGAUGGCCAGGGCCUCUCCACUUACAAGGAGCUGUGUUCUCUGGCAAGUGAUCUUAGCCAGCCAGACCUGGUGUAUAAAUUUAUGAAUUUAGCCAACCAUCACGCAAUGUGGAACUCUAGGAAGGGUGCUGCUUUUGGUUUUAAUGUAAUUGCUGCCAGAGCUGGAGAACAGCUGGCUCCUUUUCUGCCUCAACUAGUUCCUCGUCUUUAUCGGUAUCAGUUUGAUCCCAACCUUGGUGUUCGACAAGCUAUGACGAGUAUUUGGAAUGCGCUGGUCACCGACAAAUCAAUGGUGGAUAAGUAUUUGAAGGAAAUUCUUCAAGAUUUGAUUAAGAACCUUACCAGCAACAUGUGGCGAGUUCGAGAAUCCAGCUGUUUAGCUUUGAAUGAUUUAUUGAGAGGAAGACCACUAGAUGACAUCAUUGAUAAACUUCCAGAAAUUUGGGAAACUCUUUUUAGAGUACAAGAUGACAUAAAGGAAUCUGUACGAAAAGCAGCAGAAUUAGCUUUGAAAACUCUAAGCAAGGUUUGUGUGAAAAUGUGUGAUCCUACGAAAGGAGCAGCUGGCCAGAGAACUAUCGCUGUCCUUCUGCCUUGCCUCCUGGACAAAGGAAUGAUGAGUCCUGUGACAGAAGUUCGAGCCCUCAGCAUUAACACUCUUGUGAAGAUCAGCAAAAGUGCAGGAGCCAUGUUGAAACCACAUGCACCAAAACUCAUCCCUGCUCUUCUGGAGUCCUUAAGUGUAUUGGAACCCCAGGUUCUUAAUUACCUGAGCCUCCGAGCUACAGACCAGGAAAAGGCUGCGAUGGAUAGUGCUCGACUCAGUGCUGCCAAAUCUUCUCCCAUGAUGGAAACAAUCAACAUGUGCCUGCAAUAUCUUGAUGUGUCUGUGCUGAGUGAACUAGUUCCUAGAUUAUGUGAACUGAUCAGAAGUGGUGUAGGUCUUGGAACUAAGGGUGGCUGUGCCAGCGUCAUUGUAUCACUAACCACUCAGUGUCCCCAGGACCUAACGCCUUACUCAGGUAAACUCAUGAGUGCUUUGCUUAGUGGCCUGACAGAUCGGAACAGUGUAAUUCAGAAAUCAUGUGCAUUUGCUAUGGGCCAUUUAGUUCGGACCUCACGUGAUAGCAGCACUGAAAAACUCCUGCUGAAACUUAACGGCUGGUAUAUGGAGAAAGAAGAACCCAUUUACAAGACCUCUUGUGCAUUGACUGUACACGCGAUUGGGCGGUACAGCCCCGAUGUGUUGAAGAAUCAUGCCAGAGAAGUUCUGCCUUUGGCAUUUCUGGGCAUGCAUGAAAUUGCCGAUGAGGAGAAAACAGAAAAAGAAGAAUGUAAUUUAUGGACUGAAGUGUGGCAAGAAAAUGUACCUGGUUCCUUUGGUGGCAUUCGCUUAUACCUGCAAGAGUUGAUUACCAUUACUCAGAAGGCUUUACAGUCUCAGUCCUGGAAAAUGAAAGCCCAGGGUGCAAUUGCCAUGGCAUCCAUUGCAAAACAAACCAGCUCCCUAGUACCUCCGUAUCUGGGAAUGAUACUAACCGCUCUGCUGCAAGGCCUCGCUGGGAGGACGUGGGCAGGAAAGGAAGAACUAUUGAAAGCCAUUGCCUGUGUGGUGACAGCUUGCAGUGCAGAGCUGGAAAAGCCUGUGCCCAAUCAGCCCAGCACAAAUGAAAUUCUCCAAGUUGUUCUGAAGGAGUGUUGUAAAGAGAAUCUGAAAUACAAGAUUGUAGCAAUCAGCUGUGCAGGGGAUGUCCUGAAGGCAACCAAAGAAGACAGAUUCCAAGAGCUUUCCGACAUUGUCAUACCUCUCAUCAAGAAGUACUCACCCGAAAGCACUGGCAUUCGGACAAAUAAAAAUGAAGAUGAAAAUGAGAAGGAAAAAGAGCUUCAGCUGGAAACUUUGCUGGGAGCCUUUGAGAGCCUGGGCAAAGCCUGGCCCCACAACGUGGAGACCCAGCGUUGUCAUCGCCAGGAACUGUGCAAGUUGAUGUGUGAACGACUAAAACUCAGCACGUGGAAAGUGCAGCUAGGAGUUCUACAGUCUAUGAAUGCCUUUUUUCAGGGAUUAAUGCUUUUAGAAGAAGAGCAUGCAGAUCCUGAGGCUUUGGCUGAAAUUCUUCUUGAAACUUGUAAAUCAAUCACAUACUCUUUGGAAAAUAAGACCUACUCGUCUGUGAGAACAGAGGCUUUAUCUGUGAUAGAAUUGCUGCUUAAAAAACUUGAAGAAUCUAAACAGUGGGAAUGCUUGACAUCAGAAUGCAGAGUGCUCCUGAUUGAGUCUUUAGCAACGAUGGAGACAGAUAGCAGACCUGAACUGCAGGAGAAAGCAUCAUUACUGAAGAAAACACUUGAAAAUUUGGAAUAACUUAGAUGAGGAAGAAAAAUAAAACAAGUGCCAUGUUCAUUAGGGUUGAAUGGUGGUAUUCUUUGAGGAAACCAAGUGGGAAAAGUAAAGAUUAUUCUGUAGCAUGCAUCAUUCCUUGGCUGAAAUAAAAAAAAAAAAUGCCUUAAAUUUUGUUCUUGUUAGCUUUAUUUUCUUUGGUGUUUUAAAAAUAUUUGACUGUGUGACCUUAAUGGAACUUUUGAGUGUUUCAGAGGUGAUUGCAGAUGAAACUGAUAGAGUUACUAAGAGAAUUAAACCUCUUAUUGAAGCAAUUGAUAAACAAAGUUACAGAGCAUAUUGGAUAAAAAUUUUAGAACUGUGGGGCCAGAGAGAUAGCACAGUGGGCAGGGCUCUUGUCUUGCACUUGGCCAACCCAAGUUUGAUCCCUGGCACCCUAUAAGGUACCUAGAGCCGGGAGGAAGCCCUGAGCACAGCAGGGUGUGGCCCACAAACUUAAAAAGAAAAAAAUCUUAGAAUGGCAUCCAAAUCAAAUAGUUAUUUUAUGAAGGGACUUAUAAAUCACUCAGUUUUAUACCUGAAGAAAUAGAGUAUAAAUGACAUAGUUUCCUUUCAGUGACCUGUGCCAAGCUCAAAAGGAGGUGUUUGGUGACCUGCCUCAUAUAUACCUUUUGCCAUUUGCUGUCUCUGAGAACUGAAGUGGCCCCAAUGUAUAGCAGUCACUAGAUUCUUAAAAUUUAGAGGCUGAACAUUGUCUUCUCAUUUAUUUAGUUAAUUUACAGAAAAUGAUUGUUUAGCAUUUUAAGGUUGAGAGGAAGACUUCUGCUCCAUAUGGUAAUUCUCAUUGUCUCUUAUUAACAGAUUAAGUGUAGAUUAGGGGAAGUGUGCUUAUUCUUUCUGUCUCUGUGGUUGCAUAUUUGGGAGAAUCCAAACCAAUAACAAAAUUACGUCUGUUUUGGGUUUGAUCGUUUAUAAUUUCAAAACUAUAAAGAAAACUUAAAUUUUUCCAUUCACUUUUAUGCUAACCAUAUCACUUUGAAAGAUAAAGGAACACAUUGUAAUUAGCCCUUUGGGAAUGACUUGAUGCUACUCAGAGUAAAUAAUUUCAGGGCUAUUUCUUUUUCUUCUGCUCCUCACGACCCUGUCUAAUCGUGUAGAAUAGGGGAAAAGACAAGUUUGAUGAUAUAAGCUUUAUUGCAUCAUAAAACUCUAGCUCACCUUGGAUUCCAAGCACAAAAUUGGUUUCUACUCAGUAUUGACCCUUAACUGACUUUGACUUAAAGAUGGAAAAAGUCCAUGUUUACUGUUUUUGGCGGUCAUUGUUGACCAAUGUAUUUCAAAUUUUUGGACUUGUAGCCCAUAGUUACAAUAAUUUUAUACUGUGACACAGAAUAUGUGUGUGUCCAUGUGUUUGCAUGUGCGUGUGAGAAUAACUGAAGUAAAAGUCUUGUGAAAUAUCUACUCUGACCUUACUGUGGUAUGAUAUUACUUUGCUCCCUCUGCAUUCAUUCCCUCUCUCACUUGGUUUUAAAUGCACCUCAGAUCCACUUGAUUAAUUUCUUGACUCACAAAUGGAUUGCUUUUGAAAGUUUUUAAAACACUGCCAUUACUAUUACUCAAGUUUGAUUAUACUCAGUGUUUUGGGGUUACUUCUUAAUUGGAAGGGGGAUUGUAUAUGAAAGUUCAAGUGUUCAUUACCAAAAUGCCCUCUUAAGGAGGACCCCAAAUGGAUAUGAUUGUUUUAGUAACAUGUUGAAAUUUAAGGAACCAGUGCAUUUCCCCAUGGGAAUGGUUUGUGUGUGGAAAACUAUCAACUUUGGGUGUUUUAUCGAAAAACUUAUAGUAUCAUAACACUUAGUAUUUUCCAGCUCAGUAUAUUUGUUGCUCUACUAAAGUGCUCUCUGACUUUUAUUUUCAGUAUUUGGAUACUCUUCUUUGGCAAGAAUGCAAUGUAAGCCAGACUUAUUAAAAAAUUUGGCUUUUGAUUCAUAUCAAAUAUCGAAACCUUAUCCAAUUUGUGCUUUUUUCGAUUUUUAUUAAUAUUGGAUAUUUCCCAUGGUGCUGAGAGUGGUGCUAAGAUAUUUGAACCUUAACGCUUAGUACUACAGAAUUCAAUUUAUUUUAACUUUGUAAGCACAUUUCUGAUUUGAACCCUGAAUGCCUUCAUCUUGAUGAGCCAAGUCGUUUGCACAACUAGACUAGUAAAGCUAAAUCGUGGUUUCUCAGUGCAGCUUGUAUGUGGUGUGUACAGGAACACGUAUUUAUGAGAAGGGAUAAUAUGUGACUUGGGAUAAGGCUCAGUGUGAUAGAAUACGUGCCUACGUGCAAGAUCCUGAGUUUAAUCCCUGGCACUGCAUGCCGUGCCCACCCCAACAUUAUUUGGCUGGAUUCGCCCUGGUGGUCCUUAAGCACCACUGAGCUGAACAUCACUGGAGGUGGCCCCUGCCUCUGCUCUGUCACUGAUGGGCUUACCCCCAUCAAAAUUGGGUUUAACAACAGAGUUUGCGAUCAUGGAAUGAUGAUUCUGGUGGGCAAAUGGCAAAAAGACCCAUGCUUUUAUUUUACCCUUUGCCUAAUUUUCCAAAGUUAUCUAAAACGGAUUUUUCUUUUUAUUUAGUUUAGGAAUGUUUAGUGCUACUUUACAAACAGCUGAUUUGGGGAUUCUGAUUACUGGUUUUUUUAUUCUUGGAACUAGUACAGUAGCAACAUCCUCACAGAUUUAUUGAUGUGGAAAAAGUGGUACAUGAAGUUUGCAGUCAAAAUGAUGUCUUUUUUGGCGAUAAAGAGCAGCAGGUUAUUUAAUGCUUCUGUCCAGUUUACAACUCUCAGUGCCCCUGUAAUCUAGGUUGUCCACAUAAUAAAACAGACUACCACCAAAUCCCCACUGUUUUCUCCUCUUAUCUUUUACUUAUGUAGUUACGAAUAAGUAAAAAGAAUAAAGAUCUAACCUUGUUGGUUGGUGCAUUAGUAGCAAUUGCACUGUGUGAACAGUCUGCCCACUGGUUGGCAUUUCUACCUGCUCCUGCUGCCGUAUAUUUAUGCUGCUUGUUAAGUACAGGGAGUUGUUUUGACAUUGGCACUCAUUGUAAUGUACAAACUGUUGUUGAAUGGAUGUAUAUGUAGCAGAUUUUUGUAUUUUAUAUGCAAAGUAUUCAUAGAAUCCUCUGCAAUAUGUAUUUAGCUAGCAAAGCAUGUGAUAGUCUUACCUGAAGGGGAAAUUCAACCCUUGCCCCAAAAGAUAUCAAGUGGUAAAUAAAAACUGCAUGACCAGU